AUGGACCACCACUACAAAUUAGACCAGAUGUCGUCAACCGGCCCCAACUUUGGCUCCAACAACCCCUUCCGAAAUCGCGCUCUCUCUCCUGACACAGGCGCACCAUCUGCCAACCCUCGCCCGGAACGUCCCCGGUCAACGAAUCCUUUCUUGGAUGAUUCAGAGGCGACGUCACCACGAUCCGGCCCCGGUAUGGCAGGUGCCACUAACAUCUUUUCGCCGGUCGAGAAGCACGAUAUGACCACCAACACACGAGAGCUCUUUGAGAACCUCUCGAUCAAGCCCGGUACUCAAGGGCCCCCUCGUUCCGGCCCUGACGCCGGUCACCGCGGCAGCGGUAGCGGUAGCCGACCUAGACCCCCGCGAGAGCGUCCAGAGCGACGACCGGUAGAUGGUCGAUUGGACGGACGGUUCAAGGACCCCAAGGAUCCUUUCGAUAUCUUCGCAGACCCUCCUGGCAAGGCAUCUGGGUCCGGCUCACGGGAUUAUUCCAGUCGUCGCCCGCGGCGAAACUCAGAGUCUUCGGUCAUGGAUCGGGCACCCCGGCUCUUGGACGAUGAUGAUGAGAAACGUCGUCGAGAGCGGCGUCGUGAGCGCGAGGCUCGUCACCGAGAAGGGCGGGAUAGCAAAUCCCGCCCGACUCGCAAGGAUCGUCGCUUGGACAUCAUCGACAAGUUGGACGUGACGAGCAUCUACGGAACUGGAAUGUUCCAUCAUGACGGUCCGUUUGAUGCCUGCAACCCUCAUCGCAACCGCAAGGGCGCCCGUACAGCGCCAAUGCAAGCUUUCCCCAAGGACUCUAGCAAUAUGGCUUUGGGAGGGGCCGGUCCCAACAAUUCCAACAUUGAUCUGAAUUUGUUCCAUGGCCGAAUGGAGGAAGCUCAUAACGAUUUCUCGUUCCCUGUUGCUGCUCCAAAGGUCACCGCUGAUACCGUUCCUUUCGAUUCUGCUGCUCGCAUUGAUCCCGUUCACGGCCAAGAAAGUAUGGGUCUGGGCACCAGCACGUUCCUGGACGGUGCGCCUGCUAGUCGGUCCGCGAUUGCUCGUCGUCAAAGUGAGCAUGAUGACACAGGUGCCGGUGGUCUGCAGCGCAAGAAGAGUCUGGCUCAGCGACUCCGUGGUAAAAGUGGGACCGGUCGUCCAUCGCUCUCGUCUCCCACACGCAACGGUUUGCCAUCGCCCAACCCGGCUCCCAUAAACUCCAGUCACUCGGCUUCCUCUCGCGUCGGCGAACGCAACCCCUUCUUCCAGGACUACGACGAAGAGUAUGAUAAGAAGGCCGCGCGGAUCCAUGAGGCACGACUCGAGGACGACGGUGGCCGCGAGCGCUCAUCCAGCAGUCCCAAGCAACCCACCAACUUGGAGCGCAAAACCACCAAUGACCGAGGCUACGAUGAGACCAAGCUAAGUGCCGGCGGAGGCGGGUUCUUGAACCGAAUGAAGAGCUUGCGCAAACCACGGCCUGUGCGUCGCACUAGCGACUGA